CGGCUGUUCCGCGGUUUGUUUACGUUUUGCCCCACUGCUGGAAUGCCCGCUAAUCCACGCGUAAAGUCUAUCGUAGCGUACUCGCAAACAUGCAAUAAUUAAGUGUUUCUGCUCAAACAUAAACGACAUUCUCCAAAGAUAUCAUAUCAACGAUGAUUGUGUAAACGUAAUUCGUAUUUUAGUAGUAAGUAACAAAGUUACAAGCAGCCCUCGUCGCUCCUGCCAUACGAUGGCCGGUGCAAAGAGUGAGGUGAUUUACCUCGGCGACAAGGACCUCAAUCGGAACCGGAACAACCGCGACCAGUCACCGGAACGGCAGAUUAAGAUACUGUUUUUCGACCUCACCCACUACAACCGUACGACGCAGUUCCUGCUAUGCUGUGCCGGCGUGUUUGCCCUCUACCUGGUGUACGGGUACAUGCAGGAGCUAAUCUUCACGCUGGAUGGAUUCCGACCGUACGGAUGGUACUUAACGUUGGUCCAGUUCGCUUACUACACCGUGUUUGGGUACAUCGAACGAUCGCUCGAGCGAACAACCGUCCCGCGGUGUAUCCCGCUAAAGACGUACGCACUGCUAGCGUUCCUUACGCUCGGCACGAUGGGACUGUCCAACUCGAGCGUCGGGUACCUAAACUACCCUACACAGGUCAUCUUCAAAUGCUGCAAGCUGAUACCGGUGCUCGUAGGAAGCGUGCUGAUCCAGGGCAAAAAGCACGGUCCGAUGGAUUUCUUCGCCGCGUUUGCCAUGUGCCUCGGGUUGGUCCUGUUUACGCUUGCGGACUCGAAGGUGCAGCCCGACUUUAACAGCUUCGGUGUGUUCCUCAUCUCGAUGGCACUGCUGUGCGACGCGGCGAUCGGGAACGUGCAGGAGAAAGCGAUGCGAGAACACCGGGCACCGAACAACGAGGUGGUGAUCUUCUCGUACGGCAUCGGGUUUGUGUAUCUGGCUGUGAUUAUGCUGCUGUCCGGGCAUCUCGUACAGGGGGUGGUGUUUUGUGCCCAGUAUCCGAUGAAAACGUACGGGUAUGCGUUUCUGUUCAGCCUAACCGGGUAUCUGGGUAUACAGAUUGUGCUGACGCUGGUGCGGACCUGCGGUGCACCGUUGGCGGCAACGGUUACGACGGCCCGGAAAGCGGUCACGAUUGCAUUAUCGUUCGUGUUCUUCAGUAAACCGUUCACUAUCGCAUAUCUGUGGUCCGGACUGAUCGUCGUAUUCGGGAUCUACCUGAACGUGUGCAGCAAACGCAGCAAGCUAACGUUUGCCGAUUUGGGACGGAUGGCCACCACCGUUUACCGGCGGAUAGCACGUCUGCCGACGAAGGACGGUUCCAAAACGUCACUGCUGGAAGUGUGAUUCUGCCCCGCGUUACGGAGCAAUCUCUAAAUAAGCUAUCUACGAACGCUAUUCCAAAUGCAUAGGGAAACAAAUAUAUAUAGUGACAUGCGCUGCAUGCAUUCUUAAUGGCAUUUAAA